UGUCAUGUCGGUGCGGCCUUGCUGCUGCUUUUGUCAUUUUUUGAUUUUGCAUUUUUCUUGUGAUCAGCGUUUAUUCUAAUUGUUUUAAUUGGCUUUCGGCCUCCAAGCAAGUAGAUUGAUGGAUCCUUGGGGCUGCGAAGUGGAAUCCGCUGUUGUUGAGUCGAAGUUUGAGGACAACUUUACGCCUUCUCAAGGAUUCACGAAGCUGUCAGACUCAGCGCAAUAUCUUGCCGUUUUAGAAAGGAAACUUCAAGUGGUGCGUUCACAGAACAAAGUGCUGGAAAACCUGUCAGCGUACAGGGAGGAUUGUAUCAACCGGUUGAUGCGAGACGGCUGCGACCUGGACCCUGUGAUCGGCGACACCGAAGCUGAGAAACUGUUGCAAGAAUAAACAUAACCUUUAACCUCUUAGCAUCAUGACGGCUACUCGUAAAAGCCUGUUCAUCUUCCUGAUGGGGCUGGCAUGGCGCUGCCGGUACAGCAUGCCGCUACUGCUCAGCGGUACUGUGGCCAUACUGGGCCGCGCUUGGAUGUUCCAGAUUCGCGUGCAGACUGUGCAUCGUUUGCACGAAUCCGAGUUAGCAUACUACGACGACGACGAAAUAAUGGAGGAGGAAGAGGACUACACCUGGGAGGAGGAGUCCACCGACUCCUGGGAGACCAUCGUCGAGGAGGUCGCGUAUGGAUGACCCCCGCUUAUCGUCAGGUCGGGCAUACACUUCCGAAGCCACGACCGUGACGUAUAAACCAAAAGCAAAUUUAAAUUUGAACUCUAUCACUUUGUGCUGUCCGUCUAAUGUAGUUUGUAGUUGUGUGUAUGUCGCAGCCGACUGACGAAACUAGCCAGUUGGUUGAAUGGCUAGCUCGUUUGUGAAACGCCGCCAUUUAAUUAAAUGUCGUAAAGAUUUACCGCGAUUGUUGAACGCAAUGCUUAACGAGCUGACUUAUUGUCGAAUUAUUAGUCGUUAGUAUUUUUUUGUAUUACACAUUUUAAUGAAAAAAUAUCGUGAAAUCUGACCAGUCUAAGUUUUACUUAUUUAACUUAAUUAUUUUUGACUCAAGGCAAACAAAUAUAAAAUUGUUUCGAGUUCCUAAAACCAUACAUUUUUGAGUUUGAUGACUGCUAACCCUUCCUCUGACAAAAUUUUAACUAAAAAAUUACCCGGCUACUUUGUUCGGCGUUUUCCAAAAGGCUAGUUUUUUAUUAGUUAAUUCCAUAAUACAUACGUUGUCUGCUGAUCGUUCAACAAUCGGCCUAAGUACCUUCUUGUUCAUCCAACAAUCUGCCUAGGCAUUCAAUUAAAUACCGGCAUUUAAUAAAUGAGCUAGCCAGUCGAUUAACUGGCUGAUUCAACUACUUGGCUGCGACAUAUUAUUAUUAUAUUAUUGUUACUCACUCAUCGUGAAAUUAAAAAACACAUCUUUAAGCUAUUCGAUUACAACUUAAAGUAACUGGAAGUAUAAAAACAUUACUUAAAAUGAUAUUAUUAUGACUGUAGUUUAGUCAUAAUUUUGUUCGGGAUUCGACUUUGGUUUAAAAAUGUGUUUGCUAGAAAAUAUGACGUUAUAAAAAUUUGUCUUGUAUAAUUAGAAUAACUUUAGAAAUACUUACCUUUAGUAGUCUAAAAUAUAACUGUGUGAUCAUAUUAACGUAAAUUGAUCUCACGUUUCCAAAAUAUUUGAAAAUUUACGAGUAGGAUAAAUAUUUGUUAGUCACUAUGACUUUGUAGGUAACCCUUGCAUCUAUUUUGGUAUAAUAAUAUUACUUACGAGUUUAUAACCAGUAAUUUAAAAAGUAAUAAUGUAGUAUUCAUGUACAUUAUUCUCUUUUUCCUGUACAUUAUACAUUUUAAUGUUAUUUAGUUUUUUUAAAUGAUAUAAAAUACAAAAAUAUUCGUAUAAAAUAUUACCAACUUAACUUUUAAGUUGUAUUCUAAAUGGUGAAAGUUUGGUGGAGGAAUAUUGGUUACUCACGACAAAAAAAAAAGCUAAAAAUAACCACUAAAAUGCAGAUAUAAAAAUUCCAAGUAAGUGUUUAACCGAACUUCAAAUUGAAAAGUUUGUACGUCUGUUAGAUGUAGGUGGAUAGCAUUAAUGAAAUUUAUAUGUGACAAAACUUAAACUUCCAGUGGCAAUGGUUUGUAAAAUCUAUAGAUAUAAUUCAUAUUAUGUAAUUUAAAAUAUUUUAUAGGACCUACUAUUAUACUGAAAUUCAAGCGUAUAGAUUUAUCUAUGAUUAACGUAGUGUAGAUGGUACGGCUGUCCUUUUGCUCGACUUGGCGAGGGCUCUCCCGUGCCCCCAGAUAAAUAUGUAGUGUAAAACUAGCAUCGUAAAAAUCUAGAUUUUAGUGCGAUUAAAUAACAAAUGUGUAGGAAGUGCUGUCGAUUGUAAUAACAAUUUAAGAUAAGUUUAAUAAAAUUUUAAAAUUGGUGAUAAAUAAUUCUUUAAAUCUUUGAUGUUACAUAAUGAAUUAAUGUAGAGAUAGUUAAGGUCCAGUUUCAAUAGUGAUACUUGAUUGGUAAAUAUAACAUUGUUUACAUUUUUUAAACUGCAAUUUAUAAAGAUCGAACUAUACUUAUCUACUCACUGUAGCUCCAUGAUUUAUAAUAAUGACAUAGAUAAUAUCUUUGUAAAUUAAAUAAUGUUUCUUGACAAUCUGUCGGCGAAUUUUGUAGAAUUAGGGCCUUUGAAUAAGACGGUGGCUCGGCUUGGUUGGACUUUUCAAAAACCCUAUUUUGGAUUUUAAAAAUGUAAUAUUUCUUCUCGAUUCAAUUUGGCUCGAAAGUUUUUAACUUAACCGUCAGUAUUAGUGUUACCAAUAUAAUAAUUACUUACGUGCAAGUAAAUUAUUUUUAAAUUCGACAGUUUAUUCCCACAUUAUUUAAAAUUAUUUGUUAGUUAUAUGUUUGAAGGUGAAAUGGGCUGUGUGUUUAAAUAAGGCAUUAAUAAAAAGACGUUUG